AUGGCUAAUUCCACCUCACAGGCUAAUGGGAAUAUCCCCAACGUGACAUCUCCUUUGCCCAGCAGUGGUGACAAUAGCAGCACCUCAAAGCCCAACUUUUUAGAUUACGACUGUUAUCCUUCCUCCCACAUCCUGCUCGCACUGGUGGGGGGCUACACUGCUAUCAGCCUGGUAGGGCUCUUCGGGAACAUCAGUCUAAUUCGCAUCAUCAGACGACAGAAGGAGACUCAGAACGUCACGAACCUCCUGAUCGGGAACCUCUCUGUGUCGGAUGUGCUGGUCUGUAUUAUGUGCAUCCCUUUCACAGUGGUCUACACUCUCAUGGACCACUGGAUCUUCGGGGAGACCAUGUGCAAGGUCACCAAUUACGUGCAGUGCCUGUCCGUCUCUGUCUCCAGCUUCUCAUUGGUCCUUAUCGCCAUCGAGCGCUACCAGUUGAUUGUUAAUCCCCGUGGCUGGAAGCCCAAUAUCUCACAGGCUUAUUGGGGUAUUGCCUUCAUCUGGCUAGGCUCCGCCAUGCUGUCCGUGCCUUUCCUGGCGUUCUAUCAGCUCACCGAUGAGCCCUUCAGGAACAUCUCCCAGAGUUUCUACCACGACAAGUAUGCCUGCAUGGACAGCUGGCCGUCCGAGCGGGACAGACUGGGCUUCAACACGUGUCUGCUAGGGGUGCAGUACUUCGCCCCCCUCUGCUUUAUCUUCGUCUGCUACGUCCGGGUGUUCCUGUGCCUGCGGCGGCGGGGCGGCCUGGUCGACCGCCUGCGCGAGAGCGAGGCCCGGCUGAGCGAGAGCAAGCGCAUCAACGCCAUGCUGGUCUCCAUCGUGGUGGCCUUCGCCGUCUGCUGGCUUCCGCUCAACGUCUUCAACCUCAUCUUCGACUGGCACCACGAGGCACUGCUCAACUGCCACCACAACCUGCUCUUCACCCUCUGCCACCUGGUGGCCAUGAUCUCCACCUGCGUCAACCCCGUCUUCUAUGGCUUCCUCAACAAGAACUUCCAGAAGGACCUCCACGGCAUGGUGCACCACUGCAGGUGCCAGCCCAGCCCGGAGGAGUACGAGAACAUCGGGAUGUCCGCCAUGCAGACGGACGUCUCCAAGGGCUCCCUGAAGCUCAACAACAUGGCCAACAACAGCUGCUAA